AUGUCUGCCUCGCGAAAUCCCUCAACAGUGCUGCGUAAUGAUUAUCCAUGGACAACAACUCCUCUCAUCGCCUCAGCACCUAUGGCCAGAGUGUCAAAACCGCCACUUGCGGUAGCUGUUUCUAAGGCAGGGGGUCUUGGCUUCAUUGCGGCGGGCUAUACAAGCCAUAAUUUGGAAGAUUUACUGGAGGAGGCCGCGAAGCUCCUGUCCAAAGCGAGCGACGCUCUUGCUGUAGGCGAGAGUAGUACCCUCCCGGUUGGGGUAGGAUUCAUCACUUGGAGCGCCUCGCUCGAAGCAGCUAUUCCUCCCCUGAGGAAAUAUCGGCCCUGUGCGGUUUGGCUAUUCGCUCCUCCGACAGGCCUGCGUGACUUGAUUCCCUGGGCAAAGCAAAUCCGGGAAGCAACCUCGCACGCAACCAAGAUUUGGGUCCAGAUUGGCUCGGUGGCAGAUGCUAUCUUGGCCACCGAAUUACUGCAGCCCAAUGUUCUAGUCGUACAGGGGUCAGACGCGGGGGGCCAUGCGUUGGCUCAAGGUGCUAGCCUUAUCUCGCUAGUGCCAGAGGUGCAUGAUAAAAUACGAGAAAUACAGGCACAAGAGCAACAUGUCAAGCAUCCUAUUCAGUUGCUGGCAGCAGGUGGAAUCAGUGACGGCCGGGGACUAGCCGCCUCGGUGCAACUGGGUGCGCAGGGAUGCGUGCUGGGGACAAGAUUCUUAGCCAGCCCCGAGGCCCUCAUUGCAGAUGGUUAUCAAAAAGAGGUGCUACGGGCAUCCGACGGUGGACGCAGUACUGUUCGAACCACAAUAUACGACAAAGUACGUGAUAUUCAUGGUUGGCCAACUUGCUACGAUGGUCGAGGUCUGAUCAACCAGACAUAUAUUGAUUCAGUCAACGGAUUGAGUGACGAAGACAACCGAGACCUUUAUGCGGAUGAAUUGGAGAAGAGGAGUGAAGGAUAUGGCCCAACAGGUAGAAUCACCACCUAUGCAGGUACCGGGGUGGGUCUGAUUAAAGAAGUCCUUUCGGCUAGGGAUAUUGUGUUGUCUGUACGGCGCGAGGCAAAUAAGCUGUUAGGCCAAACGCCCGAAUGUUCAAAAUUUUGA